AUGGGUGGUGUCGAACCGAGGGGCGGUGACGUCCCGGAUCGCGGCCCGGGGCUCGUCCUCAUCCUGUGGUUGCUGACGACGCUGGCCGGCAUCACCGCCGUGCUGCGCGUCGUUGUCCGCACGCGCAACCGCAUGUUUGGCUGGGACGACAUUUUCAUGAUAUUCGCCAUGCUAUGUUUUAUCGGAUGGAGCGUCGUCUUGACGCUGUACGCGCAAAAGGGCGGCUCGAUGCACAUUGGUGACGUCGCCCGGACCGGGCCGGACAAUGUCGCGAGCGUGCUGUUUCUCAACUGGCUCAGCCAGGUGUUUGGCAUCCUCGGCGUGGCCGCCGGCAAGAUCUCGGUCGCGGCGCUGCUGCUCGCCAUCAUCCGGCUGACGGAGCUGCGCUGGCAGCGCGUCUUCCUCUGGGUCGUGCCCGUGACGCUGGCGAGUCUCGUCGCCGUCGCCUGCGCCGCGCUCACCUUUGCGCAGUGCGCGCCGGCGCGGGCGCUCUGGGACCAGCGCGUCCCGGGCCGGUGCAUCGACCCUCACGUCAUGUCCUCUUUUGGAACCUUUACCGGCGCAUUCAACACCUUGACCGACGCCAGCCUCGCCCUCAUCCCCGCCACCAUCUUCUGGCAGCUCAACAACACGACGACGGAGAAGACGCAGCUGACCGUCGUGUUUGGCCUCAACAUCCUCACCUCGCUCUGCUCCGGCAUCAAGACGCGGCACCUCGCCGCGCUCGCCGACCGCACCGACCAGACCUGGGCCACGUACGACAUCUUUGUCUGGGUCACCGGCGAGCUGUUCCUCAUGAUUGUCUGCGGCAGCAUCCCGACGCUGCGGCCCGUGCUCGCCUGGUGCCGCCGCGCCGCCGGCAGCGUCAAGAGCGCCGUGUCCUCGUCGUCGUCGUCCAAGCACGCGCGCAGCUCACAGAGAGGCAGCGCCCGACUGCCCUCGCACGCCGACGACACGGACAAGAACGACGCCGAGCUCGCCGAGCUGCGCGCGCUCGCGCACCUCUCUAUCAAGACGAAGACGACGGUAGAGAGGGUCCGCUCGCGCGGCGACAGCUUCGACGGCCUGUUUGACGAUAACAAUGGCGUCAGGGUCGAGAUGAUGUAUGAUGUGAGGCGCGAUACGAGACCGAACUCGGCGGUGCCGCCGGUUGAGCCGCGCGGCGGCCACCCGUGA